CCGGUUGCAUCAGCCACUACCGGUUGCAUCGGCCACUCCGGAGAAAUCUUCUACAGUGAGCUGCCAAAUCAUCGCUCCACUUCCCUCCACUUCACCAGCAGGCAAGCAGCAGUCAAGCAGUCGAAGCCCAAUCGAAGACCCUUGCCUGUGUUGCAUGUUAUUGAUAGUGGAUUGUAUGCAAGAAGCAGGCAUUCUAAAAGUGCAGAAGCAGCACAAGAGCAAUACUACUAGUACGGUAUACCCAAGGUGACUUUAGCUUGGCGCUCUAUUAUCCGUUGUCAAUCGAAAAAGGAGCGUCAGUAGCACCCAGCACGACCGGCGGCACGGGGAAGACUAAAGACCAACAGUGUCCUGAGCCCGCGAGCUUCUGACUGAUACAAUAGCAAGAGCCGUGUACCCUCUACCAGAUAGGAGUAUACCGGUAGCAGAGAUAAGAGAAGGGCUAGUAUCGGUAUACCCUUGGCUUGCUACUACCGGUAGUGUAAGCUAAUGUCCCGUCCAAUCCUUGAAGAGUCCAAGUCUCAAGACGCUACCGCUACGGCUGCUGGCAAGAAGGCAAUUGGAAGCAUCAUCGCAAGUGCGAGUACCAGCACUGAAGCCACAGAGGAGCUCUCCUUGUCUAGUAGUAGCAGCCAUCAUCAUAUCAGCAGUCCACCAGUCUCUGACAGUACCGGUACUUGGACUGGUAGCAGCCACAAGACGAAUUCCGCCAUGGACCUGCAGGAUGUCAAUCUCAACACUCACGCAAACGCAGCUGAUGCUAUGAUAGACAUUGAUCUGUUACCGGAAGACGAGCAUGAAGAAGUAGAGCUUAUGGACGAAGAAGCAGAUCUUAUGGAAGAAAAACCAGAUAGAACUGGAAGUUCUCUGCUCACCAUGGAUACCACACUGGCAGGCAGCUGCCAUGACAAUGAGCACGAAGAGACUGCAAGAAUCAUCACCAUCAAGGAAAAGAGAAUUAGCAAUGCUAGUUUGCUCAGUGAUAGUGAUGAUGACGACGAUGACGAUCAGGAUGACGACAGUGAUUCUAGUAGUCAAGACAAAGAAGACCAAUCCAGCACGGAUGAAAGCAUUCGUAAUCAUUCCUGUCAUGGACUGAUACAAGGCACCGACAGUAAGGACCGGGGACUUUUGGUAAGGGACACGUCUAAUGCUGACAUGAGUCAAACUAGUAACAGCACUUCAGCUACCAAAAACUAUCAAAAUGGCAGCAAUCACAGCACGGCGACGAGUGACCAGCAAAAGACCAAAGGACCUGGAUCUGCCGUAGCAGCACCACCAAGACGUCCACAAAUGGCCAAAUCCAUUUCCAAUCCCCGCUUACAGCUACAAGGACAACUCAGUCCCAACAGAAACCGAAGACCCACAGGCAGCAGCAAUGCAUCGCUCAAAAGCUUCAACAAGAAUGCCUGUGCACCCAAACGGCCCACUCUUCGUCAGGCACCCAAACGGGCAAAAUCGGAAUCCAGACUCAAAAUUGACUUUAGUCAUUCCACCGGAACUGGAACCGCAGACAUGGCCGAUGCCAGCUUGGUCAGCCACAACUCACGUCACACUACCGGGCCUGCCGUCGCAACGGAACUCGUCAAACGAACCACAAGUGACAGGGGAAAACUGGGCGCCAUGUUGGAUAGUCACAACCAUCGAGGAGGAGGGCAUGACGAUGAUCAAUCCGUAUCGACCACCUCGUCCUUUCAAUCGCGGCAUACCUUCAAGCCACCCGAAUCGAUCAGUCCCGAAAGUUUGGGAAAUCUCUCCAAUCUCGAUAUCAGCAUUAUCGAUCACUACUCAGUGGCGGGCAAUCAUGAUGACCACACUGUCACGACCUACUCCAGUCGAUCGACCAACCGAUCCGCCACACACCAACAACAACGACGAUUCCCACCGGGAUUCACUGCCAAUCAUCAUCGUGUUACAUGCCCCAAGAAGGAUGCCAUACCCGAAGAACCCGAACCAGAACAAACGAGCAUGUUUCGCACGUUUUCCAACAAUCUCAGUUUCCUCGGAAACUUCGUCGAACAGAGACAGAAAACAUUCGCCACCAACAUUAACGUUGUUGCCGAACUGGUCACCAAUCAACGGGAAGUCUUGGAUAUUAUCGAUGAAGAUCUGAAUGAAGAUUCCGAAGAAUUGAGAAUGCAGGAAAGGUCGCGGCGGUACACACAAGAAGAACGUUCCUUGGCAACCUACUUGUGGGGUGGUGGAGGUUUUGGCCGAAAGUAAAAAGAAAGAGGGCGAGAGGUGAUCCCACGGAAACAUAUAUCCAAGUGAGGUUUCGUUUCCCCCGUCGUUCGGAGUGCUUUGGAUAAGAUGGAAAUUGGAGGAUUGAAUCAAUCCUCACGAAGGAGAACUCGGCUGUCGACGCGGACACGCAAGAUCGAAGAUGAAAAAAGACUGAAUCUUGUAGUGUUUCGUCUGGGACGACGAGCCGACGUUGGUGCAUCUCAGCAUCCGACACGCACAGUUAGAAGCUACCGCCCGUCACGGAUGGAUCUUGCAAACAAACCAUGACGACAGAUUCGGACCCUUUCUAUAGGUACCUCCAGCGACAAGGAAAGUACAAUUUGGGAAGGAGAUUGGAGCAACAAGACCAACCGUACCAAUAGCAGUGGGCGUUGAAACUGGACGCAGCAAGAAACGCAGGUGUGCGCAUGCUGCCGCCGUCCAUCAGACCGCGAGAGACGCGAAGGAACAGCCGGGCACAUGGGAGGCAACUCUUGCCGGCUUUUUCUUGGGCGUUGAAACCGGAGACAGCCAGAAACGCAGGUGUGCAUAUACCUGCCGCCGUUCAUCAGACCUCGAGAGAGAGACACGAAGGAACAACCGGAUACAUGGGAGGCAACUCUUGCCGGCGUUUCGUGAGACAGCUCAUUCCGUUCGAAGGAGCGAGAAGCGCGAUACGGGUGAUCACGAGAAGCAAAAGCAGAAACGGCGGAUACGUGGGAGAUGACUCCUACCGCCGUUCCGUGAACACACCCAAUAACGCGUUCGGGGAAUAAAAUGUGGAGAUGAUGAAACGGCAAGACAACAAAGCAACGGAGGAAGAAUCAGCGGGAUACCACUACGCGCGACGGUGUCGUGCGUAUUGGACAAAGUUGAUUGGAAACAAAAUGAAUCCCUUCGUGUGUUGUUGUUUUGGCCAGGUCUGUCCCCUGAUACAAUGACUCGAUGGCGGCUUUUCUGCCUAGUGGUUGAGCUGGGCAUUUGAUGGGUGUCAAUACCGUGGGUGGCGUGAAGCGGAGGAGACCUUGCUGCGGAGAGAGUGUGCGGGGAUGCAAUUCAUGACUACAUGAAGAUACAUACCGCUAUUUCAGAUACAUGAUAUACAUCUUAUCAAAAUAUAAAUACGUAGCCUUUCUCUAUAGAAGAUCCAUGUCGGGACGUUCCGGACCCAACUGCCUGCAUGCCCUCUAUGCUGG